AGUGCAAAUAAAGAGUCCAAACUAAGAUUUUUUGAAAGUCUGCAUUUUUUGAAAAUAAACAAACAAAUACAUAAAUACUAAUGAGAGAGAUCAGAGUAUUUCAGUUAUCAAGUGCAACAACAAGACUAAAUCCCAAGAAGAAUUACGAAAAAGUUCCACAGACUUAAAAGUGCAACCUGCUGUUCCCUUAUAUUUUCUUGUUUUAUUUUUAUGUGUUUGGUAAAAUACAGCUUGCUCAGGGACAACAGUUAAAAGUUAGCUCUGGAGCUAAUACUGACACAUUUACAAAAAUGCUCCUGUAAAUAAACUAAACGAAACUUAAAAUGUGAAAACACGUGCCACUUGUUGCAAAGGAAACCAGCAUUAUUACAAAUCAAAGAGUCUCUUUUUCGCUCCAGUUCUGGCCUCGGCUAAUCUUCCUUCUCUCCAGCUUGCAUAGCUGCUGCCGCUCUCUCAGCCUUCAAGCAUUCGCUGUUUUCAUAACCCCUUUCCCAGGACACCAGAUCACUGUCCAAUUACCCUGUUCAUCGCAACCAUCUACUGGAAAUCAACACCGCAAGCUUGUGUGUGAGUCCAAAGGACAUACCAGCAACAACGUGCAGCUGCUUUUAGUGUGUUAGAGCUUGUGUAAGUGCAUUUGACAGUCCCCCAAUGCACUUCAUGUUGUGUCAAAGUUAACAAGUGCAGAGCCACUGUGGAUGACUUAGGCUCAGUCGUGUACAAAUGAAUCCUACUGACAGAUAUUGUUUUGGGAUUGGGUUUCAUAUCAAGCAUAGCCGGUGUCAGUGCCAUGGCAAUCUGGGGUUGUUUUCCACAGCUACCGUUGAGCAGCAGCAGACAGGUGGCAAAAGACUCAAUAAUGUGAACCUCUUAUAGCAGCAAUGUGGACUGUUUUGGAAAAUUAAUUGAGCAACACCCAUUAGCAAGUAGCGUUAGACAUCUUCUUACGAACAGAUGUUGAAGCUACAAUAGCAAAUCUGAACUACAAGCUAUCUUAAAACAGGUUUUUAAUCCCUCUUAACAACGUUCUAACAUGGUUGCAACGUGGGUUCUGUUUUCGGUGGCCCACGGAUGCUGCCAGGGAGUGGUGAGAAAUUUGUGACCCUGGGUGUUUCUCAAUGUCAAGGCGCCUUGCCUUGCGAGGUGAUGUCUUGCGAGGCCAGGUGCCUUGCUUACGAGGACACUGUCCUUCCUUGGCCAAAGAACACGAUUAAAUGGAACAGACUUGCAUCACGUGACCACUGCUUCCACAGCGGUCACGUAACGUCACGUGACAUGGUUAAUAAUGUUAUAUUUUAUAUGUAUUAGUUUCAAUAUAAAUAUAUAAUGAGACUUUUACUUUUUAAAUUGUUUAUAGGUUUAUUAAAUAAAAAAGAUAAGUGAGUUACUACCCGCUAGCCACCGAAGCUGCAACUAUUAAGCAACUAACCAACAAUAGAUAACUUCUUUGGAUCUAAAAAAAAACAUUUUAAAUUAGUUGACUUACUUUUAAACUUGAAAUUUGUCCCCAAAGUAGCUGCCAGCUUCUGAUCCACCGUCCUUUUGAGAAUACCGCGGUGUGUUGUGGGUAAUUUUUGACCAAGGCUAGGCUACAAGACACCUCCCGUGUGUCCUUGCUCAGCUAGCUAAACGGCUAACAAACAGAGAACCAACAGCGGCAGCACUAAAAUGUUCAUGUUCUACCCCUCGGUAGAACAUGAACAUCGGAACCGAUUGGAACACGUCUUGGUGGUUCCUGAUGACGCAUCUCCUUGGCAACUGGGGCGGGGCCAAGACAUCAAGGCAAGGUUCCUUGACAUUGAGAAACACCCCAUGUUUGCAUUUAAAAGCUAGCUUGUUCUGUAAAUUUGCUAUUGCCACUUUAGUUGCUAUGCGUGCAUGCAUGGUUUUGAUAAUCCUUUGACUGAUGCAGAAUUGGCAACAUUUCUUAUGGACAUGUCCUGGUAAAACUCGAACAUCACGCAAAAUCCCGUUUAUUUCCGCAAUUUAACUUAGACUGAGAGACCACCGAAAGGCUCAGGAACUAUUUGCAGGUGUUUUGGAUUAAUUAGCUGAUUAGAGUAUGACACUGAGUCUAGAAUAUUGAACUGUAAGCCGCGCCCGCGCGCGCGUGUGUUUGUGUGUGUGUGUGUGUGUGUGUGUGUGUAGGUGAGAGUUCAUGAACAAGAUGCGUUCCAGCUGUAAUCAUGGAAGUAAAGAGAAGGGCUUAUGGUUCAUUUCUUUUUUCUACCUCUAGAUGGAGCUCUCUUACAAAAACUCCACAUUUGUGCCUUGCAUCUCAUCAUUUCUUCUACAUAAUGUCUGUAAAGUGCUAUACAAAUGAAGUCCAAUUUGAGUCGAGUAUAUAUAAUGUACAUCAGUGGUACUCGCUCCUGGUCCUGGAGAGAAUCCAGCAUGUUUUCCUUGUUUCUCUGCUCCAACACACACAAUUCAGUGGUUGAAUCACCUGUGCCACAGCUCAUCAAGCUCUUAGAAGCCUGUUAAUCACCUGCUGAUUGAAAUCAGGUACAUGUACAUAAUAUUGCUUAAACACCCUUUUUAAGGAAAGCCAUAACUACAACAACAGGUCUUUGCAACAAAUCCAAAACAUCCGUUUUAAUUGUCUGGUUCAGAUCAAAACAUCAUCUCCCAAAGAAAACCAAAACAACACAGACCGUAUACUCCUAGUGCAGAUUUCUAAGUUUACACCCCAGCCGUCACAACAGUAACCUGCAGGUCCCUGGAAUAAAUUCAUUUCCAGCUCUUCCUGACAUCUGAUUGGUUAGAUGAGUAACCCAAGGAUUUCUGCUUUAAGGAUUAUUCAAACUUAAAUUAACUCUUUUUCAAGAUAUCUCCAUAUGUUUAGUUGUUUUGCUGUGCCUCCAUGGUGGAACUGGGAUACGUUGCCUUGUCUAUUAUUAACUACCAUUUCAAAGUUAUGGAAAUCUUGAAUUAUUGCCUGCUUUACCAAUAAGAUGGUUAUAAAUAUGACUGUAUAAAUAGGUCUGUUUAAGACCAGGAACAGUGUUGUGUUGAGAGCAUGGAUGCAGGUCAUAAAGGCUUAUCAGAGGUGAAUUUAUCACCCUAUGCGCCACGCUAGCUGGAGGGCUUUAGUGUUCAUCUGUAGAUUUAUCCUUUACUCCUGACAAAGGCUGCCAACCUCCACUCUGCUCUCUCCUCCACUGUAGUCCUCACAUUACAAAAUGUGUUUCUCGCACCAGCUGUGACCUUUAUUCAAGAGGGGUUAGCAGAAAGAGCCAGGCAGGGUGUAUUGGUGUGUAUUUGUGAGCGAAUGACAGGGAGGUGUGUGUGUGUGUGUGUGAGUGUGUGUGUGUGUGUGUGUGUGUGUGUGUGUGUGUGUGUGUGUGUGUGUGUGUGUGUGUGAGUGUGUGUGUGUGUGUGUGUGUGUGUGUGUGUGUGUGUGCGCGUGUGCGUGUGCGUGUGCGUGUGCGUGUGCGUGUGUGAGUGUGAGUGUGUGAGUCAAUUUGACAUGAGGUGGAAUUGUCACCUCAGCUCAUUGAAAUAGGCUGCUAUGUGUCUGAGUUCAGAGCAGACACAGUCAGUUACUGUUAGAGCUUCAAUCGAAAUGAAUUUUCUCCAAUUUAGUCAACAACAAAAUCUAACAGUUGACCUGAACCUAGUUUUUUCCUCCAAUUUUCUAAAAACAAAAAAGGAUAUAAAAUGAUCAUCUUGUGGGAAAUCCCCUGAAGGACUACUUCUCUGUUUCUGCUCUUUCAGUUGAUGCUCGACUUUAUUCCUAAACACGCGGACUGGGGAUUUUUUUUACACAAGUCUCUUUUGUUUGAGCCGCUGUGCUGCUUUGAAGUUCAAGCACAUCGGAGCGGGACUCCGUGUGCUGAACUUCUCCCACAGGGAAGGAUGGAUUCUUGGGAGACGGACUCUGAAGACUCGUGUGACUGGGGCGACUCCUCGUCAGAGGAAGAUGAACUCGAUGUCAAAUACAAUAAAGAGGAGGACAUCAGGACAGCCAGCGUGAUUGCAGCAGAAGCAGUCACCUGUCUAGUCAUAGAUCGAGAUUCAUUCAAGCACUUGAUUGGAGGUUUAGAGGAUGUGUCCAAUAAAGGUCAUGAAGAUGCCGACGCCAAAGCCAAGUACGAAGCAGAGAACGCUUUUUUCUUCAAUCUCAACCUAGCUGACUUCAACAUCAUCGACACUCUGGGGGUUGGUGGCUUUGGACGCGUUGAGCUGGUUCAGCUCAAGAGUGACGAGAACAAGACCUUUGCCAUGAAGAUCCUGAAGAAGCGGCACAUUGUUGACACAAGACAGCAGGAGCACAUUCGUUCAGAGAAGCUCAUAAUGCAAGAGGCCCACUCUGACUUUAUUGUUAGACUAUAUAGAACCUUCAAAGACAGCAAAUACCUCUACAUGUUGAUGGAAGCGUGUUUAGGAGGAGAGCUGUGGACCAUCCUUCGAGAUCGAGGCUCGUUUGAGGACUCAACCACCAGGUUUUACACCGCGUGUGUGGUGGAGGCUUUUGCUUAUCUUCAUUCCAAAGGUAUCAUCUACAGAGACCUGAAACCAGAGAACCUUAUAUUGGACCACAGGGGUUAUGCCAAACUGGUGGACUUUGGCUUUGCCAAAAAGAUUGGGUUUGGGAAGAAAACGUGGACUUUCUGUGGAACACCAGAGUACGUAGCACCGGAAAUAAUCCUAAACAAGGGCCAUGACAUCUCAGCCGACUACUGGUCUCUGGGGAUUCUCAUGUUUGAACUGCUAACCGGCAGUCCUCCAUUCUCUGGUCCUGAUCCAAUGAAAACAUACAACAUCAUUCUGAGAGGCAUCGAUAUGAUUGAAUUUCCAAAGAAAAUUACCAAAAACGCUGCCAACUUAAUCAAAAAGCUAUGCAGGGAUAAUCCUUGUGAAAGACUGGGAAACUUGAAAAACGGUGUCAAAGACAUCCAAAAGCACAAAUGGUUCGAGGGCUUUAAUUGGGAGGGCCUAAAGAAGGGGACUCUGACACCUCCUAUUGUCCCCAAUGUCACAUCACCAGUUGACACGAGUAACUUCGAUAGCUUCCCGGAGGACAACGAGGACCCGCCUCCUGACGACAACUCCGGCUGGGACGUUGACUUUUGAAGCCUACACCUAAAACCAAAAGAAACUUCUUUUGUUAGGCUUUUGAUGACUUGGAGGCCAUCUUGGAGGAUCGGUUUCACAGGAAAAACAGAAACUGGAUUCAACGAAGGAGAAGAUGUGGAAACGAAGAUAAACAGAUGGAUGGCAAACCCUCUGGGUCACCGAUAUGCCUUUUUUUUCCACUGUGGCUCUGGACAAAGCAUUUUAUAAUGGGACUGCUGUAGCACUUCCUCAGUGUUGUCUUACACUCAAGUUUAUAGGCAAAGGCAAAGAUAGUACAGGGAUACACACACACAAACACACACACACACACACACACACACACAUUGGAGGCUGAUAGUAGAGCCAGCUUUUCUCAUGUAACAGGGAAAUAUGUUUAAUAGAUGAAUGAAUGUUUGAUCACACGUCUAAGUUGUCAUUUUAGGACAAGUAAAAGUGAAAAUGUGGAUGCUAGAUUAAAGAGAGAGAAGUCUGUGGUUAAUUUACUCCUUUCAGUUUGUACUUUUGUGGUAUUUGGUGAAAUAAUUGCUGAACUUUAGGACGAGACUCAACGUUACUGCGGCCGCUUCUCAUGUGCAACUCCGUCCUUUGUCCAGAAAUGUGCACACUAUAGUCUGCAAGUGCUCAAGACUGACCUGAAUGUCAACGAUCUUCGUAUCUAGCACACUUAUUUGGCGCACACAGAGGAUGACGCAGAGAAUUAGAACUACACCAAGUUCCACUGACACAAGUGACCACAACUGGGAGGAAAUCAGAUACUUGGCACGCUUUGUGUGAGAUUUCUCUCUCUCUUGAGAAGCACAAGCACUGCGCAUUCAGUGUGUGUGUGUGUGUGUGGGGGGGGGGGGGGGGGGGGGGAAUGACGUUUAAGUGCCCUGAUUAAAGUUUAACAAAUCACACACCUGCAUCGAUGACAAGUUAGCAAGAAUUCCCAUGAAGCAGUAUGUCAUUAUGCACUUAAGACCAUUAACAGAGAAAACUAUAGCUCGUUUCAAGCUUUUGUAUCAGUUGAACUCUUUGAUUUUAUAUCACAAACGGAUGCUUCUUUUUUUGUCUUUUGUUUUCAAACCAGUUCAGUGCGUCUCCCCACGAAGCAGAUGUUCUCCGUUUGCUCUUGUACAGAUCUGACAAAACUGUGAACAUGGUUCCAUUGUCUUUGGUGCUUUUGGUGACUAAGCAAUGUUGAGAUGACUGUACUGGUUAUUGUUUUUGUAUUGUAGUUCUUUUUUUCUGUGCUCUAUUACUUUGUAAUGCACUUGAUGUCAUUCUCUAGAGUAUUUGAGACUCGUGUGAGUAUUCCAGCGCACGUAAAGAUCUUGACACCACAUUACAUUGUGCUUAGCGGUAUUUUUAGGGAGUUUCAAUGAGAUCAUUUGUUAAAUUUAUCCCCUCGUUUUACACCUUUUCCUCAUUUUCAGGAGUAAAAUUGACCAAAUUCACACUAUCUGGAGAUAAACAUGCCUCAGCAUCAUCUAGUGAUUUUACAGUUCAUAUUAGCGAGCGACAACAAAAAGAAAAGCAAAAUAUUUUAUGAAGAAUCAUCUUUAUACCCCUCAAUCAUCACCUAACACACUCGAAAGUGUAAAAAAAAAAAGAUUGUAAGUGCCUUAAGUCAACGGCAUAUGAAAUCAACAUUAAACGACCUUUGCAAUGCUGCAUGAACACAUAUACACCUCAGAAACACGCGCCCUCUAGGUGACUGCUCUUCGUUCUUUAUUACUAACCAAAAAAGAUCAUCUUUGGUCAUCCGAAGACUUAAAAACGGCAUAUUAAACACAAUUUCUGUUUCGUCUUUGAUUUAUUUCUUGGGAGCAUUUUUAAAUAUCUGGCACUCCGGACCGAGCUGCAAUGACAUGCUUAUCUCUUCUCGCCUGUAUUAAGAAGUAAACCACUUAUGGCCUGAUAUGAAACACCAGUAAUCACAACUCAGAAGGAUCAUCUCUCAUCUCUUUUAGCCAUAAAUAUCUGAGCAUUUAGAGAGGGCAGGAAUGAUUUGCAGGUUUCCAAUUUGAUCUCAAUCUCAUUAAUCCAGCAUUGUUUUUAUUUAGUUGGAAUAAAGCUGAUCAGAUUAACAUUUAGAGAUCUAAAUUCUGUACAUAUAUGUGAUGUGUUUUAUUGUGUUACUGGCAGGUUCAUGGAUGUCACAAUGCCUUAUGUUUGUCACCACUUUCCAAAAACACUGAUUUGCGUUUUUCUCGGCUGCCUUCUGCAACCUGACGUUUGCCUUGUGUUAUGUUGUUUCUUCCUGCUGUACAUUGAUUUUGCCGAGUGCCGCGCGUAAUAUUUUUGAAAUUAUAGAGUAAAAACAAUCAUUUUGA